UGCGCAUAGAGAAACGGAACGGACUCAUGCGCUCAUGCGAUGCGUUGUCGUCUCAUGCGGUCUAUGCGUGAAACGGAACGCACCCUAGAACAUGUGAUUACUGAUUUGAAGUGCGCAAAGUUAACUGAAACUUAAUUCAAACAAUAUUCGUAUUAUGACGCCGUAUUAUUCGUAAAUAAAGUAACAUAAGUAACUGAUAGUUUUUUUAUACGUCGAUCGAACGCUAUCUUUCUUUUCAUAUCUUCUUGAAUUAUUUCUUUACGGCUUGUAGAAUGAAACCGGUUACUGGCGACGAAAUCGCUUCUGAGCAGGAUAAAGUUAGAAAAUCUUUACAUGAACUGCAGCCCUCAGCUAUUGAUAAAGAAACUUUAGUUGGUGCUGACAGGAUGAUUAAGUCUACUCAACAAGUAAAAGAAGUAAAAUCAAAAAAAAAUGUACCUGUAAAAAUAAAAAAAGAUGUUCCUAAAAAACAAAAAAACGUGACAACCAAUGACAAAGCUGUUCAAACUGUACCAGAAAAGAUAGAUAUUGAAGCCGAGGAUUUAACAUGCACAGAUUUAGCUGGUCCUAGUGAAAAUUAUUGGCAAGUUCUGGCUGAAAAAAGGCGAAUAGCACUUAAAAAUACUUUAAAUGAAAAUAAGGAACUUAUAAAACGUCUCGAAAAGUUAGAAGAAGAAAAACGCAUUUAUAAGGAAAUGUUAGAUGAAACGAAGUCACUUGUUGAAGUGCUGCAGGACAUGAUUGAAGAUGACAGAAACGAUAUAAAUAAUUCAUUAGAAGACAGUGUGCUUUAAUUUAAGAGUUAGUUUUUUAAUAUAAAGUUAUACAAAAAGUACAUUAUACUAUCAAUACACUAUUUUAGUGUGAGAAUUUAGAUGCUUUCAACAAUUUUACAUAGAAACCUGCUACUUAUCUCUGUAUUGUUCUUUUCUUAUAAUAUUUAUAUAAUCAUAAAAAUCUAGGUUAAAAUUGUUAUUCAGUAUAUAUUUUAUAUCAACCAAUUUCUUAUUAGUUAUAUGGACAAGUAUAUUACUGCACGCGGAAAAGAAUUUUACUUCAUUUAAUAAAUUGUCACUACAUAUAAAUAAAAAGACAUCUUGUGAUGA